AUGCACACGAUCCAACCUACAAAGGCUACCGCAAUUGUCACCGCAGUGCCAUCGGACAGCCCGGACGACCUGGCGUUGCUCUCCGAGCUUUUUAAGAAACCUGGAUUUUAUGGCGUCGAGCGCCAGUGGCUGGAGCUGUCCAUGCUCUCUGUAAUCCGGACACCGGCGUACGGAGAUCUCGCAGCGCCCGCUUUUAUGGAGUCACUGAAGAUUUCUUCCGUACACGAUCGGAGGGAGCUCGAAACGGCUAGAGGGCUUGCUUACAAGGAAGGGUACUUUCAUGGAGUUAUGAACACUGGCGACUUUGCUGACAUUUUCGGCCAAACGCCAGGCUUGGCUGGAAUCGGGCCUGACCAGAUGACUGACGACGUCUGGGACUACGUCCUUACCCGCCGGGACCUGGAUCCAGAUAUGCUUCAACAGUGUAACAUCCCCGAGGAAGUCCUUGCUUCCAUGCGUCGCGAGGUCGAGUACUGA